AUGACGAUGAGAAGCCAUCCGCCGCCGAUUAUCAACGAACACCAACCGAAAGUUGUCCAUUCAGAUAGACCAACUCAAACAGCAUGGUUGUCGUUAUUCAAACGUAUUGUAAAGAAUUCGAACACACGUUAUAGUUUGUUGUGGCUAACUGGUGGAUUAUUGUUUUGUUUAUAUGAAAACUAUAUAGGAAAUAAAAGAAAAAAAGAAUCAGAAUAG